AUGGCCGCUCAGGUCGCCGCUCUCACCACCAGCCCGCCAUCCGAACUCAAAAAGCCCGAGCGGGACCCGCAGGAGGAGUCGGUACCGGCAGAGAAGCAGCAUGAAAAUAAGGAGCAGGGACCUGACGGCGGAUCUCCGGGACAGAAGGAGCUGCAGGACGGGAGCGAUGCUGGGGGAGGAGGCGGAGGAGAUCCUGACAUGAAGAACGGCAACGGGAAUCUAGUCCGGGUAAAUAACAAUAAUCAGAACGAUACAGGCGGGCCUGAAGGGAAUAACCACCCCGGACUGGGACACCACCACCCGGGCGGCUUCCCUCCUCCACCUUACGGCUACAACCACCACUACAGCCGGGCCCCUUUUCAUCAACAUGGCGGACAACAAAGCCCUGGCAUGGCAGCUGCAUCGGGGCCGGGCAUGAUGGACCCUUACCCCCCUAAUUCACACGAACACGGCUACCCCAACCAUUACAACAACUACGGCCCCUUCCCGAACAGGACUUCCUAUCAGGGCCAGGCCUACGGGGCCAUGAGCUCCCCCCGUACCAGCCAGGCUCCGGCGGCUGGGGGGCAGUCAGGCAAGCAGCAGGCAGCCGGAGCCCCCACAGCCAUGGCUGCCUCCUAUAACAACCAGCGGUACAACAUGGCAAACCAACAGCCCACCUCCACACCAACUUUAAACCAGCUCCUCACCUCUCCCAGCUCCACCAGGAGCUACCCCACGUACCCCCAAGGAGACUACAACAAUCAGGAAGGGGCCAGCAAGGGAGCAGGAGGAGAUCUGGGCAGCAGCCAGUAUGGUGGGGGCCAUCCUGGCUGGCAACAAAGGAGCCACCAUCCUUCCCCCAUGAGCCCGGGGAACACCGGACAACCUCUGAACAGAAAUCAGCCUCCAAACCCGAUUGACCAGGUAGGGAAGAUGCGCGGUCAACCAUAUGGAGGAGCCAACCCCUAUUCACAACAGCAACAAGGACCUCCUGCAGGGCCUGGACCUCAGCAGGGGGGCUCUUAUCCAGGGCCGGGCUAUGGUCCUCCGGGACCUCAGAGAUAUCCUAUGGGGAUGCAGGGCCGAUCACCAGGUGCUAUGGGAGGCAUGCAGUAUGGACAACAGAUGUCAGCCUAUGGACAGCAGGGACCAGGUGGCUACAGCCAGCAGAGUCAAGGCUACUAUGGUCAACACGGACCCCCGCCACACCCUGGCCAGCAGCAGACACCUUAUCCUGGCCAGCCUCAAGGCAGCUCUGGACCCCCUUAUUCCCAACAGGGCCACCCUUCACAGUCCCCUAACCAACUUGGGCAGUCAGGACCACCUUACCCACAAUCCCAAGGUUCUCAUGGCCCUCCUGCAGGUCAGCCCCCCUAUAGUCAACCCCCACAGUCUCAGCCAGGGCAGCCACCCUACGUCCCUCCACAGCAGCAACAGCCUCAGCAACAGCAGGCUCCAGGUUCUCAGAGUCAGCAGGCCCCUCAGGGUCAAGCUGGCUACCUACAGUCCAGUGGGCCAGGGCAACCGUCACAACCACAAACCCCACAGCAACAACAGCAAGGACCUGCACAACAGCAACAAACAGGAGGAGGUCCCCCUCCUCAAGCCCAGCAACCUCCAGGUCACGGGCAACAAGGACAACCAUCACCGUACUCCCAAACACCCCCCCUGCAACAGCAACCACAGCAGCAACAGCAACAAUCUCCGUAUCAGAGGUUCCCACCUCCUCCACAGGAACUCUCCCAGGAUUCCUUUAGCUCCCAGUCCAACGCUCCCCCCUCCAGUCAGCCCAACAAGAAUCAAGAAGACAGCAUGCAGGGCCGGCCGUCUAGUUUACCGGAUUUGUCCGGCUCCAUAGACGACUUGCCCACGGGUAAUGAGGGAGCCUUAAGUCCGGGCGUCAGCACGUCGGGGGUGUCCAGCAGUCAGGGUGAGCAGAGUAACCCUGCCCAGUCACCGUUCUCACCGCACACCUCUCCACACCUGUCAGGCAUACGUGGACCCUCACCAUCACCUGUUGGUUCCCCUGCCAGCGUCACCCCUUCCCGCACCGGUCCUCUGUCCCCCACUGCUGUCCCAGGUAAUCAGAUGCCUCCCCGGCCACCCAGCGUCCAAUCAGACAGCAUCAUGCACUCUUCCAUGAACCAGUCAGCCAUGGGCCAGGACAGGGUCUAUAUGCGUAACCCCCAGAUGCCUCCUUACGGGUCUCCUGGUCAACCUGGCUCUGCCUUAUCUCCGCGUCAGUCUUCAGGAGGUCAGAUACAUGGUGGGAUGGGACCCUACCCCCAGAACAACUCCCUGGGAAACUAUGGACCUCAAGGGGGCCAGUAUGGCCCACAAGGUUACCCCCGGCAGCCCGGCUACACAGGGCUGCCCAAUGCUAACUACCCCAGUGGACCUGGCAUGGGUGGUUCCAUGAAUCCUAUGCCUGGACAAGGCAGCGGGACCCCUUAUGGAAGCAUGCCACCUGGCAGAAUAGGACCAGGACAGAUGGCUGCUCGGCCCUACGGUCCGGGGAUGGGUGCUAACAUAGGCGGCAUGCCCCCUCAGGUGGGGUCUGGGAUGUGCCCUCCCCCAGGCAUGAACAGGAAAGAGAGUGGCCCCUCCAUGCACCAUGGGCCCUCCAACUCCAUACACAACAGGCCACCUGGAUACCCUAACAUGUCCCAGGGCAUGAUGGGAGCAGGCUCUCCAUACGGUCCUGGCAUAAACAGCAUGCACGGCAUGAUGAACCAGGGAGGGCCGGGGCCGUACCCAAUGGGAGCAAACAGCACCCCUGGAAUGACACCCAGUCCGGAGUUUGGCAUGGACAAAGUAAAUCCAGCACAGAAAAUAAACAACAAAGUGGAUGGCACCCCCAAAACAGAAUCUAAAAAGAAGUCGACCUCGUCCACCAUCACCAGUGAGAAGAUCACUCGUCUGUACGAACUAGGCCCAGAGCCAGAGCGGAAGAUGUGGGUGGACCGGUACCUGGCUUUCGCUGAGGAGAAGGCCAUGGGUAUGAGCAACUUGCCUGCUGUGGGACGUAAACCUCUCGAUCUCUUCAGGCUUUACGUAUCCGUCAAAGAGAUUGGUGGCCUCACGCAGGUGAAUAAGAACAAGAAGUGGAGGGAGCUGGCCACCAAUUUGAAUGUGGGCACAUCAAGCAGCGCAGCCAGUUCACUAAAGAAACAGUACAUCCAGUGUUUGUACGCCUUCGAGUGCAAGAUCGAGCGCGGCGAAGACCCGCCCCCAGACUUCUUCAACACAGACACUAAUAAAAAGAACCAGCCUAAGAUCCAGCCCCCCAGCCCAGCUGGUUCCGGAUCCUUGCAAGGCCCACAAACACCUCAGUCCACAAGCAGUUCGAUGGCAGAGGGGGGAGACCUGAAACCCCCCACCCCGGCCUCCACCCCCCACACACAAAUGCCUCCGAUGGCUGGCGUCAGGAGUAGUGUCAACGUGCAGGACCCCUUUGCUGAUGGUGGUGAUCCAGCGUUUCCUAGAAGGAAUGCAAUGACUCCGAACUCACAGGGUUACCAGCCUGGCAUCGGAGGCCCAGAGAUGAUGGGGCGCAUGGGUCCCUAUGAAUCCAGCAAGGACCCCUUUGGCGGCAUGAGAAAAGCUGGAGAGCAGUUCAUGUCCCCGGGUCCCAACAGUGGGAUGGCAGAGCAGUAUAACCGGGCACCGUCAGGCCCUAUGGGCAACAUACAGAUGGGUCAAAGGCAACAGUACCCUUACGGAUACGAACGCAGACAGGAGCCGGGUUUGGGCCCUGAAGGCAGCAUGGGACCAGGAGCUCCUCAGCCCAACAUGAUGCCCUCUGGAGCCGAGGCAGGGAUGUAUUCACCCAGCCGGCCUCCACCGCAGCAACGGCAUGAGGCUUAUGCUAAUCAGUACCCUGGCCAAGGGGCUCCCCCUGGUGGUCCGUACCCAAAUCAACAGGCAGGAAUGUAUCCGCAGCAGCAGCCCAACUACAAGCGUCUUAUAGACGGAGGCUACGGCCCGCCUGCCAAACGCCACGAGGGAGAAAUGUACAGCGUCCCCUACAGUAGUCAGCAACAGCCAGGACCCCAAUCUUCAGGACCCCAGGGCCAACAGGACAUGUAUAACCAGUAUAAUGCAUAUCCUGGCGGAGACCGCAGACCACCGGGCCCACAAAACCAGUUCCCCUUCCCCUUUGGAAGAGACCGAGGACCAUCUUCAGCAGGUCCCAAUUCUCAGUCUCCAAUGCCUCCACAGAUGAUUGGAAGCUCUAUGCCUUCAGCUCCUGAUACCCCCCAGGGCUCAAUGUGGCAGGGUCGAAAUGAGAUGGGGUACCCCAACUAUCCCAAUCGACAGGGUCCUCCUGUACCAGGUCAGGGUCCUGCAUACCAUGGCAUGAAUCGUUCAGAGGACAUGAUUCCAUCAGAUCAGCGCAUGAAUCAUGAGGGUCAAUGGCCUGGACAUGUCAAUCAGCGGCAGCCACCAUUUGGCCCCGGUGGCUCUGGACCACCCAUGUCUAGACCCCUUCCAUCCAACUACCAGACUUCCCAGAACCACAUUCCUCAGGUGUCAAGCCCAGCGCCCAUGCCCCGGCCCAUAGAAAGCAGGACGUCGCCCAGCAAGACCUACAUGCAUUCAGGCAUCAAAGUGCAAAAAGCUGGACCCCCAGUGCCUGCCUCCCACAUCGGCCAAGCCCCUGUGCAGCCCCCACCAAUGAGGCGAGAUGUAGCUUUCCCACCCGGGUCGGUUGAGGCCUCCCAACCCCACCUUAAGCCCCGAAGACGGCUCACCAUGAAAGAUAUUGGCACUCCCGAGGCUUGGAGAGUGAUGAUGUCCUUAAAAUCAGGCUUACUGGCUGAAAGCACCUGGGCGUUGGAUACCAUUAACAUUUUGUUGUAUGAUGACAACAGCAUUUCUACUUUUAACUUAUGCCAGCUCCCUGGAUUUCUGGAGCUGGUUGUGGAAUACUUCAGACGAUGCCUCAUCGAAAUCUUUGGCAUCUUAAAAGAGUACGAAGUAGGAGACUUUGGACAGCGCACCCUAAUUGACCCCAGUGCAGCCGAGGAGGACAAUUCUGAUGAGGAAUUUCUGAUGCUGGAAGGGGAGGUCAUGGACACGGAUGAAGAAGAAGAUGAAGAUGACGAGGAAGUAGAAGAAACACAGGUCAACCCUGAACCUUUGUCAUUGGUCCAGGUGAAGCAGGAGGAGGAAAGCUCCCAGCAAGACAAGGGUUCAGAGGACGAGGAAGAGGAGCAAGAAGGGGAGUCGUCUCUAAAGGAAUCCAGUACCUCUACCUCAGGCUCUGCCCAGGACUCCAACCUCCACUUGGAAAAGCCCAAGCAGGCCAGCAAAUUUGACAAACUUCCCAUCAAGAUGGUGCGGAAAAGAAAUCCCUUCCUGUUGAACCACUUGUCCAGGUUUGGGCAGCGGCAGAACUUUGACAGUGGUCUGAUACACUGGAGCAUUGGUGGUGGUGACACUACCGAACAUAUUCAGACCCACUUUGAGAGCCAAAUGGACAUCCUCAAGCAGCGAAAAUGCACCUCAACACCCACUGAGCGCCACAAGAAAGUUCACAUGACUGAAAAACCAUCAGAAAAGUCGACGUCCAUUGGGGAGCACAAGCCUCAGCAGCAACAGCUCCAAGCGUCAGAGUCUCAAAAGUCUCCUGCAGACAAGACCCUUCCUCCUCUUCCCAUUGGCACACCGGUGACUGCCACCAUUGACGAUGUGUUGUCCGCUCGUCCAGGGUCAGUUACAGAAGAAGUGGUUCGUGGAGGUGCCGAGGAGCAAAAGGAGAAUGGAAAGUAUUUGUUCAGCAUCAACCCCGAUCUGCAGAGCCGCCGCAACGUCAGGAUCCUGGAGGACGAGCCGCACAGUAAGGACGAGGCGCCGCUCAGCACUCUGUCGGACUGGCAGGACUCACUAGCUCGCCGCUGCGUCUGCGUUUCCAACAUAGUGCGGAGCCUCUCCUUUGUCCCUGGGAAUGACCUGGAGAUGUCUAAACACCCGGGCCUGCUGCUGCUUCUGGGUCGUUUGCUGCUGCUUCAUCACAGGCAUCCUGAACGCAAGCAAGCACCGGUCACCUAUGAAAAGGAGGAAGAGGAAGAUGAAAGUGUGAGCUGUCAGAGAGAUGAGUGGUGGUGGGACUGCCUUGAGGUUUUGAGGGAAAAUUGUCUGGUCACACUGGCAAACAUCUCGGGCCAGUUGGACCUUUCUAUUUAUGCAGAGAGUAUAUGCCUGCCACUGCUGGAUGGCCUGCUCCACUGGGCAGUCUGCCCCUCGGCGGAGGCCCUGGACCCCUUCCCCACGCUGGGGCCACACGGUUCACUUUCUCCUCAGAGACUGGUCCUCGAGACCCUCAGCAAGCUCAGCAUCCAGGACAACAACGUUGACCUCAUUCUGGCCACGCCGCCAUUCAGCCGCUUGGAGAAGCUCUAUGGUUCUCUGGUGCGCCUUGUUGGUGAACGCAAGGUGGCCGUCUGCCGGGAAAUGGCGGUCGUCCUGUUGGCCAACCUGGCCCAGGGCGACAGUCUUGCAGCGCGGGCUAUCGCUGUGCAGAAAGGCAGCGUGGGUAAUCUACUGGGAUUUCUGGAAGACAGCCUAGCAGCGACACAGUACCAGCAAAGCCAGAGCUCCCUGCUCCAAAUGCAGGGUGCGCCCCAGUUCGAGCCCACCAGUGUGGACAUGAUGCGGCGGGCGGCCCGGGCCCUGCACGCCCUGGCGAAGGUGGAAGAGAACCACUCAGAGUUCACGUUGUAUGAGUCGCGGCUACUGGACAUCUCGGUGUCCCCACUUAUGAACUCUCUGGUGUCCCAAGUGAUCUGUGACGUACUGUUUCUAAUUGGCCAGUCAUGACAGCCGUGGGAGGUGUCGGAUCCACCUCUUUCUGUUCCCCGCCCCCUUUUAUUCCUUUGUGUGAGUGAAAAGACCUAAGAGAAAUACUGUUUUUGUUUUUGUUUUGUUUUUAAUUUAUGCAAAAAUCACCUCGAUUCCACUGUCUUUUUAGCCCCGCUUCUCACAAAAGGAAGGAGUUUCAUGAAGUCUCUGGAUUUUUUUUAAAAGUUGAAAGAUACAGGCAAGACGUCGGGACUUGGGCGUAGGAUGGAGUGCGCUGCAGAAAGACUUUUUUUUUUUUUAAUAAAAGUAAAAAACUUCAGGAAAAAAAAACUGUAACCAAAGUUGCUGUCUCGUUUACAGUGAGUUUGGGAGACACGUGCCUGCUCCGCCCCCUCGGGGGUGUCGCCCGCGUGGGGGGGUGCGGUUUGUGUGUGGAGGCUAAACGGACCGGCGGGUUCUGGUGUGGUAUAAUUGCUGUAACUCUGAUGCUACAUUCGCAGCCCCACAGGAAUCAGAUUAUUGGCUGUGAACAGACGUGUCAUGGGGGGGGUCUGUGCAGUAGAUUGUAGAACUUUUCUGUACUGUACACCUUAAAAACUGUAAACAUACUGUAAUAAUACUGUUUCACACUGAGAUAUGCUGGCUUGGCAGCAAACUGUAGUUUUUAAAAACAGUUUUAGUUCAUGUGGAGAAAG